ACACUGCUGGAAUAUAUGUAACAAUUCUUCCAUCUGGGCUGCUUUCAUGCAUGAAAAAUAUUCCAUCCCACUCUCCCCUAUUGAAUGGAAUGGCCCUAUUAGAUGCUCCCCGGAAUGGAAGAAAAUUCUUGCUAUUAAACAGGUUUUCUCGCAUUUGUGUGGAUGGACUAUUGGUAAGGGUAAUGUAUCUUUUUGGUAUGACAGAUGGCACCCGGAGUUUCUCUUGGAUCGCCUCAGUCCUUAUGAGGAUAUCCACCUGAAACUUAGGGAUUUUUGUCAUGAAGGUAAUUGGUGUUUUGUCAACCUUAUUCCUACACUUGGGACUGAUGUUGUGCAGGCUUUAUACGACCAUGCCCCUAGGCUGUCGGAGGAUGAUGAUAUUAGGGAUUGGGCCCCUGAAAAAUCCGGUUCCUUCUCGGUUAAAUCGGCGUGGGAAUCUAUUCGUGGGCAUUAUCCUACUAUUCCCAUUCUCGCUGACAUAUGGUCCACUGUCACCCCAUUUUCGGCUAAAUUAGUUUGUUGGAAGAUAUUUCAUAAUAUCCUCCCUGUGGACAUGAAAGCUCAACAAAAUGGCAUUGCUUUGGCCUCAAAAUGUGUUUGCUGCCUUAACCACAAAUCUGAGUCUAUUGAACAUCUUUUUGUUGAUAGUGAUCUUGCCCAAUCUCUAUGGACCUACUUCAGCAUCAUUUUUGUUGUUCCUUAUCUCCCUGCUCCGUCGAUAACCACGCGCAUGAAAUGGUGGUUUCGCAUCUGUAAAGGACAGAGAAUCUUGGAUUUAUUCGUUGGCCGAGAGGAUCCCGACAUAAUCGGUCAUACAACUGGAAAGGAUAAGGGCAUUGCAGACCCUGAAUUUGAAGAUUAGCUCCAGAGGAAAAUCUUAAUAGGGGUUAAUUUAUGUUCACUUUUGUAAUACCUUUGACUUAUAAAACAUGUAUUAAUGUUGUAGCCACUGCUAUUAUUGUAAUGUGUUGUAUUACCCAUUAGUUCUCUUCUAUUUUGGUAUUCAA